CAAUUUUGUAACUCUCAAUUACUGCAUUGGCUUUGGCGUUAACCCUUAAGAUCGGGGAGGCCAAAUAAAUCUUCCAUUCAGCAAGAGCUGGGAAGUAACUUAAUAAAAAUAAAAUAAUAGUAAUAACUUGCUGGAAAUGUUUAAAUCUUCCUUUAAGCAUUAUAAAAUGCGGUCUGUAGAACCAGAUCUAAGUGAAGUCGUCGACUUUGACAACUGUGAUAACGAUUUUGGCGAUGUACUCCAGUCUCGUUUAGCGAUGCCUGUAACCAUUGGCGAGAGUUCGAUUUCGCCGCCUCCUUUCCUGCAACCUUUGUCCAAGUGGCGAUGUUAUACUCUUGCCAAACACUCUGGCCUAAUGGUUAUACGCAAUCCGUUCACAAAUCUUGGCCAGCGAUAUUGGAUUGCCCGCUGCCUGCGUGACUAUCCGUGUGCGCCGAAUAUUGUAAACCUGAAUGAAGAUCUGUUUCCGCCAGCAGCUAGAGCAAACUGGUGGAGUGAGUUGCAAUCGUGCGCCGAUAUCCAAAAAGCUCACCGACUGAAGGUUGCAAUGCGGUGGACAACAUUGGGCUAUCAUCACAAUUGGAAUACCAAAGUUUACGACGAGGAAACGCAUUCGCCCUUUCCCCAAGACCUGAGCAAAAUGUGUGAAUUCUUUGCCACCGUCUUGGGUCACUCCAACUAUGCGUCACAAGCAGCCAUCGUUAACUAUUAUCCAAUUGGCAGCACCCUCUCUGGCCACACAGAUCAUUCCGAGCCCAAUCAAACGGCUCCAUUGUUCUCCUUUAGUUUCGGACAGUCCUGUAUUUUUCUUAUUGGUGGAAAGACUCUGGAUGAAAGGCCAACUGCAUUGUAUCUGAGGAGCGGAGAUGUACUUAUCAUGUCAAAUGAAUCCCGACUAUGCUAUCACGCCGUACCACGAGUUAUGAAUGCGCCAGAAGAGCCUUGGAGUUCCAUUGACGACAACACCGACGAGCUUGCUAAUCAUUUAGAUAACUUGGCGCUAAACAUGGAAUUGUAUAGACGAGUUAACGAUAAAGAUUUCUGGUUACCAUUUGCCAACUAUGUAAAAGAUUCACGCAUCAAUAUGAAUGUACGUCAGGUGUUAUGAUAAAGCCAAAAGCACUACCAAUUAUCAUUAUCAUUGAGAUCUAUUUAUGUACAUAUUUGCUGUUAAUAAAUACUUUCAUUGUAAAUUAAAA